AUGCCACUUGCAAGGCGUGUCACUCAGGCCUGUUGGGGCUUUUGUGUUCCGGGAGGGGAGUUGGGGGCAGAGGAUAAAAAUUCGCACUCGUUGGGGACUAGAAAUAACCUCCAGACGCAAACGCUAACACCACAAUUACAGCAAAAGUGCCGAGGUCAUGAUUGCUUGGUAUAUAUGCUGAGAGCAAGAAAACAGCACGAGACAUAUGUGGCCACGUUACGUGAGAUUGGCCUGGACGUGAUUGAGCUUCCCCCAGAUGAGGUCCACCCCCACUGCAUGUUCGUUGAAGAUGUGGCUGUGGUUUGCAAUGGCAUAGCACUCUUGACCAGACCUGGGCACCCGUCCAGAGAGAAGGAGGUUGAGUACAUGCGAUCCAUAUUGAAAAAUGAACUCGAGUUGCCCGUCAUUGAGAUCAGCGACGCCAAAGCAACGCUAGAUGGAGGGGAUGUGCUUUUUACAGGCAAGGAAUUCUUUGUGGGUUUGUCGUCCCGCACAAACCAGGCCGGAGCAUGUGCCCUUGCGUCUGCCUUUCCUGAGUUUCCGUGCACACCUAUCAAGGUAGAUAAUGCCUUACACCUGAAGUCUCUGCUGACAAUGGCUGGACCAGAAGUCAUAUGUGUGGGUAACACUCCAGAGGCCAAAGACACCCUCAAGAGAAUCGAGAGGGAGGCCACUUUCCGCUACCAGACCCUAACUGUGCCAGACCUAGCUGCUGCCAAUGUGGUUUUCGCCAAUGGUUUCCUUCUACAUGGAAGUGAAGACGAGUAUCCGGGAUCUUCCAAGAUCUUUGAAGAGAAACUCUCCCACUGGACCUUAAAACCAAUGGCCUUUACGGAGUUGUUGAAGUCUGGCGGCAAUCUCUCAAGUUGUUCCAUUCUCAUACGCAAAUCUCGGCAUCUCAAGAAUAUCAUGUAACAUUGCUUUUAACAUUACAUCAACGUUCCUUCGGGAAUCAUAUUCAACUAUGUAACUAUAUGUACAUACAUAUACAUGUACAUAUAUGCAUAGAUGUUUGUAUGCAUUGUUUGCACAUACACAUUGUAUAUAUGCCGGAUAUAUACAAAUACAACCACAGGUCUUAUACAGAAAUAGUUGAGGAGUUAAACCUGUAUAAAUGCUAGCCGAUACAUAUACCUUCUUAAGACUAGGAGAAUUAACAUAUGAAGAAGUCAGAGAAGGUGUAGUCCAAAACCCGAGUCUUUUUAUCUUAGAUCACAAGAUGAUUAAUUAACUUUUUAAAAAGCCCUCAGAUACUUAGACCUUGUCUCAAAUUUUUGUCUGGGAUGAAAAAGGCCGCGUGUGAAGUCACGGCCACUUAAAGUCUCAGGACGUCUAUGCUAUGCAGUCGAUAUAUAUCUCCCAAGUUUUGUGAAUAUUCCUCGCUGAUCUAUCUCAAGGUUAGGGUAUGUGUGAUGGGCUUCGUGUAUGUAUGGAUAGAUAUUGGGUGCUCACAGGAAAGUGUACAGAUAGAUUAUGAUUUAUUGGUGGUAUUGCUGAUCGUCAGUAAGAAAACAGGUGCUGAUGCUCUGUAAACAAUCAGCUUUUGAUAUCUCUUUCCACUACGGAUCUGAAGCAUGCACAACUUUUCUAUAUCAAGGUGUUGGAUUUUUGGGGGUGGAAAAUAGAAAAUGUUGUGGGAAUAGUUUUUUUUUCUU